UCGUUCCCUUUGCUAGCAUGAGCAGGUCUUCCUUUGGCCACUAGAAGUUACUGCGUGCGUUUGUAUUUCUGCAGAAAAGUAACUGUAAAGUUACGCAUCAUGGCAGGAAAGAGAGCGAUAGUGAUCCUGUCUAAAGGUGCAGAGGAGAUGGAAACAGUUAUCCCUGUGGAUAUUAUGCGCAGAGCCGGGAUUGCAGUCACGGUUGCAGGUUUAACAGGAAAAGAGCCAGUCCAGUGCAGUAGAAAUGUUGUCAUCUGUCCUGAUACAAGUUUAGAGGAAGCCAGCAAACUGGGUCCUUAUGAUGCUGUGGUUUUGCCAGGUGGAAUGCCAGGUGCCCAGAAUUUGGCAGAGUCAGUUGCUGUAAAGGAGGUCCUGAAGGAUCAAGAUGGCAGAAAAGGCCUGAUUGCAGCCAUCUGUGCAGGUCCCACUGCUCUUUUGGCACAUGGCAUCGGCUACGGCAGCACAGUCACUACACAUCCUGCCAUGAAGGAGAAGAUGAUGGCUGGAGACCACUAUAAAUAUUCAGAGGCCCGAGUGCAGAAGGAUGGCCAUUACAUCACCAGCCGUGGGCCAGGGACCAGCUUUGAGUUCGCCCUGACGAUUGUAGAGGAACUCAUGGGGGCUGAGGUUGCAGCUCAAGUCAAGGCUCCUCUUGUUAUGAAAGACUGACUUGGUUCACUUGCAGUCCUUGCAAACGUCACUGCUCAGCGUAAUGUUCUGGAAUAACGGAGACAGCUGACUCAAUGUGUGGCUUGAACUAAACAUAAAAGUGACRAAUCAUUUUCUCUACAGGACACAAGUCUAACAACUUAUCUUCUUUCAUUACACUGGUAAUAAGAAAAUCAAAGGCCCUUUAAUCAUGAAAAUGUGGUAUGGAAAAUUACUAAAYGUGCUUUCAAAAUAAAACGUCUGGUUUCGUUU